GAGGCUGUCCUGGAGACCCCGCGCUGCCUGCACCUCUAACGUCUCGGUUGUCAUGGAUGAUGAAGAUGGCAGGUGCCUUCUAGAUGUAAUUUGUGACCCAGAAGCUCUAAAUGACUUUCUUCAUGGAUCUGAGACCCAUUUGGACACUGACGACCUUUUGGAUGGUACGAGUGACCCCUCCAGCUCGUUCUUCUCCACCACUGGGGGCCAUAUUUCAGAGGUCCAACCUGCGGUCCAGCUGCCAGCCAGUGAGUCGGCGGGCCUGCCCAGAGUCAGUGUGGACUUGGACUUCCUUGAGGACGAUGACAUCUUGGGUGGAUCGCCAGGUGGAGAAGGCGGUAGCAAUGGCAUUGGAGCAAACCACGAGCCAUGUGACAUUCUGCAGCAGAGUUUGGCUGAGGCCAACAUUACAGAGCAAAGCUUGCAGGAAGCCGGGACUGAGCUGGACCUGGUGUCCUUUGGAAUUCCUGGCCUUACCCAGGUGGUUCAGACUUUGCCUGAUGCCAGUCUGUCUGCGGCUGGAGGCACCGCUGUUGGAGUAGGCACUGGUGUGGGUGGUGCAACGACAAUUUUCCCUGGGUCAGCCCCGAGCACCACUGGUAAUCCCUCCAACGCCACAGCUGACAUGCUGGGGUCCGUGCUCGCCCACCAGGGCCUUCAGCUCCAGCCGCAGGUCAUGAACAAGGCCAUUAAUGUUCAGCCUUUCAUGCAGCCUGUUGGCCUUGGAAAUGUGACGCUUCAACCCAUUUCCAGUCUUCAGGCUCUUUCUAAUGGGAGUCAGUCAGGACCUUUGGGUAUUGGACAGAUUCAGGUUGUGGGACAGCCUACAGUCAUGACUAUCAAUCAAUCGGGGCAGCCAAUCCUGGCCAAAGCCAUGGGUGGAUACCAGCUACAGUCGUCGGGACCAGAGGUAUCAGCUGCCAGCUCUCAAGCGGGCCUCGGAGGCUCUGGAGGUGGACUUUUAAUCCAGGGUAACAAAGCCACUGUUGGCUCUCCAGCUUUAAACGGACCGGCUGUUUCUGUCAGUAGCACAAACAGCAUUAGUGCUGCCACAAUGACUGCUCCCGCUGGGCUUGUUGGCUUUGGAAGCACCCCUAUAAACACAGGAGUGGUUCCUCAGACGCAAACUCAAGGCCAGAUUAUGCAGAAUGUGAUCAUUCAACGCACACCAACACCCAUUCAGCCCAAACCCCCACAGGGGGGAAACAUUCAUCCUAAACUCUUCAAACCACAACAACAACAGCAGCAGCAGCAGCCACCGCAGCCUCAGGCAGCACCGCAAGCCCAGCAGAAUGAUGCUCAUAAGGCUCUUGGGCUCCAGCAACUUCCCGUUUCUGCUGCUCAGAAUGUAGCCUUCCUAACCGGAAAGCCAGGCUCCAAUGUUGUCUUAAGUACUCAGGCCACAACACAAGGCCCCCAGUUUCAACAAGCCCUGUUCAAGCAGCAAGCAGCACAACCAUCUGGCAAGCCCCUCAGUUUGCACCUGUUAAAUCAACAAGGCAGCAUCGUUAUUCCUUCUCAGACUGUUCUGCAAGGCCAGAACCACCAGUUUCUGCUGCCUCAGCUGCAGGCUGGUGGGCAGAUCCUGACCCAACACCCAGGGGGCCACAUCAUAACGAGUCAGGGUCCUGGCGGACAGCUCAUAACAAACCAGAUUUUAACUGCAAAUCAGAACAUCAAUUUGGGUCAGGUGUUGACGUCACAGGGCCACCCAGGGGCCGCCCACAUUCUUUCUGGACCCAUUCAGCUUCAGCCGGGUCAGAUGGGCACACCGACCCUUUUUCAGAUGCCUAUUGCUUCUUUGGCUCAGAGUCAAAAUCAGACGCAGACUCCUGCUGUGUCAGGCCAUGCUCAGACAGUGAUACAGGGCAUGCCUAUCCAGAAUUCCCUGACCAUGGUGAGUCAAGUGGAGGGACUGAGCCCUGCCAUCAGCCUUCAGACCGCACUGCAGGCCCAGCCGGGUGGGGUCCCCAGCAGCACAGGAGUAGCUACUGUCUCUCAAGGCCAGGCUGGAGAAGCUGUUACUGUGCUGGGAAGCUCCACAGAUCAGGCUGCUCAUCCCACUCCACAGCUUUUACCACAGUCAUCUAUACUUGCCAUGCAGCCAGGGUCGUCUGUGUCGGCUGCUUCCGUAGUGUCCUCCUCUCCGUCCAUGUCUGUUUCAACCUCUUCCUCUGUGACAGCUGUGGGGCUGGUCACCUCUCAGGCUCAGAACAGUCCAGGAAGGUUACUAUUCACCAACCAGGGUUCAAGUAUGAUCCUUAGCCAGGAGUCCCUGCAGAUGUUCCUCCAACAGGAGCCGCACCACCAAACAGAGAAUGAGUCAACCCCCUCAGUGGGCGUCCCAGCAUCUGUAAUCGUCAGCAGCAACAGCAUCACUACUGCGACCCCUGCUGUCCAUGACAGCCAAUUAACCGCCUCUUGGGUGGGUCAGAACCACAGUCCUUCCCCUGGCCCCUCCCACAUGACAGCAGUGGUAAAGGUACCCUCAGGUGGAGCUCAGCAGGCUCUGAAGAUCCAGGGCAUGUCCUCUUCACCGGUUUUGACCUCUCAUUCCACGACGCCUCCAGUGGCAGAAAGUCCACAGCCUUCCCAGUCUCCUUUGACUCUGAGCCAGCAGAUCCAGUCACCUCACCAUCAACAACAGCAGCAGUCACGUCCUCCCUCUCAGCCUCAGCCCCAGGCCCAAACUCCCUCGCGCUCAUGCACGCCAUCAGCUCAAACCAAGCUCUUCAUCGUCCACAAUCAGAUAACAGAUUCUCCCAAAUCUAUUCCCCAGGGUCAGGUGCAACAAACACCACCCCAGCAGGUGCACAUUCAAGUUCAGCAUCAGCCUCUGCCUCGACCGGCCUCGCAGCCCACUCCCUAUCAGCAAGAAAUGCCUCCAUUGUCACAGUCUCCCAAUCCUCCUCUGGCACCACCUGCACAGCACCAGUUUGUUGCACCUCCUGUUGGUGCCUGUACUGCAACUGUAGUAAAAACCCAAGUUCCCAUCCAGGGCCUUACAGCUGGGCAACAACAUAAUCUGCAAGUAGUAGGAGCACAAAUUCAGACUCUUUCGUCCAUCACUCAGCCCUCACCUCAGCAUAAACAGCUGCUGGAGAAGCUGCACCAGGUCCAGCAGAACAUCAUGCUACAGGCAAAGCCUCAACCUCAAGCCACGGGUCAGUUUAAUUCACAGCAAGAUGUGCCUGUUGAUAAAGUGGUUCUUGCAUCAUCAACGAGCUUUGAAACAUCUGCUCAGCUUCCCACGAUGCUGCAGCCAACCUCGGUGCUCGUCAAAACCUCCACCACAGGAUCAAGUGACUUACAGGUAUUCUCAGGAGCCCAAGGGCAAGCUGGAGCAAUGGUUAAUCAGACUGUCACUCCUGUCAGCCUUACCCAGCCUGUACAGGUUCAGCCAAAGCCAGGAGUGAUCAGCUCAGUGGGAGGGAUGACUCUGGGGAAAGGUGCGAUGAAGAUCCAGGUGCUGGGACCUACUCUUACUCAGAUGUCUGUUCCACAGCCCCAGGCUCCUGUACAAACUCAGACACCAACGGUAAAAAUGCCUUUAAGUACUGAGCCCAGUAAAGAAGCCAGGAUGCUGGAGCAGCUAAGAAAACAUCAGGGUUCAGUGCUUCAACCCAACUACAGUGCUCCUUUCCACUCAUUUGAGGACACUCUGCACAGACUGCUGCCUUACCAUCUGUACCAGGGAACUGCCAACUCCUCUCAAGAUUAUCAAAGAGUGGAUGAUGAAUUUGAGAGGGUCUCCUGCCAGCUGCUAAAAAGAACCCAGGCCAUGCUGGAUAAAUAUCGCUACCUGCUUUUCGCAGAGUCAAAAGCCUUUGAACCUGAGCAGAGACUGGGCCCCUCGGCAGAGAUGGUGAUGAUCGAUAGGAUGUUCAUACAGGAGGAAAAGGUCGCUUUGAACCAAGACAGGAUUUUAGCCAAGGAGAGACCAGAGGAGUUUGCAGCAAAUGUGCGGAUUUUGGAGAGUGGAGUUUCAUCCCAACAAAAAUCAGCACCUCCUGAGAUCCCAUUAGAGAGUCCUGCUGCACCCACAGCUGCUCCUGCUCCGCUACCUCCUGCUCCUACCCCUCUUCUCAAAAUUGCGCCAACUCUUCCUGUUCCUGCGCCCGCUCCAGUUCCAGCUCCUGCUCCAGUGUCUGCUCCGUCUCCUACCCCUCCUCCUGCCCCUCCUUCCCAUUCACCUUUCCCUCCUACCAAACUGGUCAUAAAGCACGGAGGAGGUGGAGCAUCUGUGUCCUGGUCCACCAGCUGUCCUCCAGCGUCGGCAGCCAAACCAGUGGCUGAACCCGUCAUCCAGAGCUCCACCCUUAGUCGCGCUCCAGCAGCAUCGUCCUCAUUAUCCUCCUCGGCGUUAAGCUCCCAAGGAACUGACGAUGAUGACGCUCUUCCGCAGCGAACCAGCAAACCGCCCAUCAAGACCUAUGAGGCUCGCAGCAGAAUUGGCUUGAAACUAAAGAUCAAGCAGGAUCAGACGGGUUUCAGCAAGGUAGUCCACAACACUGCCUUGGACCCCGUGCACACACCCCAACCUCAGCUGAGCAGUCGUUCCACCCCAGAGCCUCAGCCUCAGCCAGAAGCUGCUGCACCACACUCAAAGUCCCAUCACUUACCCACCCCUCCCAGCACAGUCAUCAGAACUCAGUCCCCCACGUGCACAGCAUCUACUGGCUUUUCAGCUUCUGUCACAACCACUCAGAGUAACCCUUCGCUUAGAGGAAAUGUUCCUCCGUCAUCCUCCUCUUCAGUGACUCAGAUGAAUGGCACGUUGGACCACCACCCCACCAAACACAACCCUACUCCCUCACAGACCACCUGCCGCCUGCCCCUCAGAAAAACCUACAGGGAAAAUAUUAGUCCCCGCGUCAGACCGGGUGUCCCAGGAGGAUUAGAUGAAAGUUUUUCCUACCCUAGUAGCACGCCGUCGCCCCCCAGGCAUGAGGCCUCCACUCCCCCCUCAGAACGGACAGUUAUAGCAAGUGUAAGGGUGGAGAAAAGAGACAGGGAGUCCUUACACGCUCAAACAGAUUCGAGUCACGAAAGUGGGCGUUUAGGGAACACAAUGCAGGGUCUGGACAAAGUGAACGAGGUGUUUAACCGAGGGGUCAGAACCACGCAGCACCAUCAUCUCUCUCUGCUCCUGGACAGGGAGGUGGCAAAGGAGAGGGAGGAAGAGCACACAGACCAAGAGACUGAUGUAAGUAAGUACAAAAGGUUCUGUGGAAAAAAUAAACACAGGACUGGAGGGACUUUCAGAAUGGACCAACAUGCACCCGGACCUCCAUCUCCGGAGUCCUCUUUCACACGAGACUCUUUGCUUCCUGCCAAACGCUGCAAGUCAGACUCACCCGACAUGGACAACGCCAGCUUCUCCAGCGGCAGCCCCCCAGACGACUCUCUGAACGAGCACCUGCAGUGCGCCAUCGACAGCAUCCUGAACCUGCAGCAGGAACCCGCGGUCCGCGGCCACCACAUCAAAGGAGGCAGCGGGAGGACCCACCAACACCAAAGUCAGCGCCAAGACUUGACAGUCUCAUCACACAGACCUCCAGUCCCAACUCCCCCGUCUGCUUCUUCAUCCUCCUCGUUGGCUCCACACCCUCAGGUUGGUGGGCGGGGCCACAAUGGCAACCUGGUCCCCCAGACUCAGAGCAGAUAACAGCCCCUCAACCCCAGGCUGGACUGACCGGGGGUGUCUCAGACGGUUCAGGAGGAACGGACAGGGAGACAGUGACUGUGACAACAGUCUUACUGUACUACUUUCCCAAGCUGUGUUGACUUUGUUUGUUUAUUUGAAUUGUCCAAACAUUUCUUUAUCAUUUACAGCCUAAACUAAGCCGCCCCAAUAGAUUAAAUGUGGUAAAAGUAAAACAAUGAACUGCAAACCUGAUUAUGCCUGCUUUUUAUGUGUUCUUUCAAAGGCUGUCCUUUUAUUCUGCUUUCUUUUCCUUCUCUUUAUGUUUACAUUCCUUCAACAUGUUCCCAGGAGCAGACUCUUUCCACAGGGGUUCAUCUAGUUCAACGGUGUCCUGUUGAGCAUCGGGCUCUUCACAACUCACAAAAGAUGAGCCAGUGGGACGCUUUAACGUGUUCCCUGCACCUUACACAUUUGACUCUUAUCCCAAAUACAAACAGCACAUUUUAAUUGCAGGCCACAACUGUAUCUGUAUGUGAGGCAAGUUUAAGUUGCUUUGGUUGCUUUUGCUGACAAAACAGACCAGGUCAGCCCAGACCAUGUCUGCAUUUACUUAAAUAUAGUGAGGAAAUAAUUAGAAAAACUACCUGUCAACUUGUGUUUCUUUUUUGGCUGCUCUUUAAUGCUGUAAUACCAAGAUGCCAGAAUGUAAAUGAAUUUGUUUCAGCACCUAAUGUCCAAUUUGACCAGGUUUCUGUUUGUUGCUCAUGAGGACGGGUUAAAGCAUUGUGUAUGUCAGUCAGCAGGGGGCAGACCAGUUUUAACUGACUCGCCUCAUUCUUUCAGCUUUCUCCCUCAGCUCUGUUUGGAUUUUUGCUUUUUUUAUUUUUAGGCCUGGUGGACAAUUCAAAAACAAACACGGCACAAGCAUUGAAAUGGAAAAAAAAAAAAAUGGAACAAUAAUAAUGUACAAAAACACCCGAAGAGAAUUUGAAGUAUAGUAUUACAGAUUAAUUUUUGUAUUGUAUUUAUUGUGUAUAAUGACACUUUUUAAAAAGAAAUGUACAUUUAGUAAAACUGUAAAUUAAACCUCGCUUCUUUUAUGAA